AUGGGCUCAACCGAAAUUGCGAUGCUGAAACAACUGGCGUCGCUUGCUUUGUUAUUAGCUGUUGUGACUUGCAAACCUGUGGAAAAUGAGGUGAAACGACUUCGUAUUUCUCUGGGAGAUUCCAGCAAGGAACUUGGGAUUAGUAGAAGUGACGUUCUUGGCCAAGAAACAGAACAAUUGAACGUGCAGAUUGAGGGGCUUGGAGAACUCUCCCUUGCAUUGAACCUUAACGACGAAGGCGUUUUGGAGUUGGGCUGGGACUGGCGAUGGAUUGUCUGCGGCGUCUGUAAAAGUGGAUUCUUUGUUCUGCAGAAGGAGCUGGAAGGCGGCCUUGAACUUACAAAAGACGCUUUGAAAACUGCCGUCGAGGUAAGGGAGAUUUUAUUAAUAGUAAACAUUAUCUUACUUGGGAUUUGAAAAACGGCCAACCCUUCAUUAACUAUUUGUAUGGCUGUCGGGGAAAUAAUGUGGAUUUUCCACGCUUCGCAAUCGCCCGUCUUCGCUUUGCAACAGCCCAAAAAUGGCUCGUCGGCAGGCACGGGCCGAAAAUCGGGGCCCGGCGGGAAGAAGUCGUUUCGGCCCACACGUUCCAAAUUUGCUUCGGGCCGGCCCGUAGAAACAUAGCUCCGCUCAGGCCUGAUUCCUUAUGACCAUAUCUUUUUUUAUGACCAUAUCAAAUAGAUAAAUACUGUGUUCCGAGGCUACAGCGGGCCCUGAAACCAUGCCUGUAACAACAACUGCAAGUUUGAAGUGCGAUCGAGACGAAACAAGGCAUCUUGCUGCGACAAAUCUACAUUAUUGUCCCGCAGAUUGAUAAGCCGUUAAAGAAAAUUAAGCCUUUCUUAAGCCAAGGGCCAGGCCACAACCUUUUAGAUUUUGGCCCGUUUGUAUUCGAACCGAUUUUUUUUAAAUUUCCGUUUUCAGCGUCAAUGCAACGAAAAGCUUGGCCGUGUCGGCGGAGGACUCUGCGGAUGGAUGGCGGACGCUGUAGUCGACGUUGUCUUCGAAAUGAUCCUUGAAGACAAGAGAAUUGAUCCACUCAAAUGUUGCCAAAAACUCGGAGCAUGCAAACUCAGGACUAAUCCAUUUGGCGCAGCUAACGCAACGGUCGCCGUAAAAUCACCGUGGGAAAUUAGGGCGGAUUAA